UGUGAGGUGACGGGAAAAUUCGACAUGCCAUACAUGUUUAAGCGAGGUGACAUAAUGAUAGGGGGCAUUUUUCCGGUUUUCAACAAAGAAAUAAGGAACAUUUCUUCAUUUAAGGUGGAGCCUCUUGAAGUAAUGUGUGAAGGAUUUGAUCUGCGUGCUUUUCGAUGGACCCAAAUCAUGAUAUUUGCAAUUGACGAGAUCAACAAUGAUCCUGCUCUCCUUCCAAACAUUUCUCUUGGUUACCGGAUCCUUGACUCGUGUGCUUCUCCUACCAACACCGUGCGUGCUGCUUUAACUCUGGGCAGUGAACCAGAGGGGAUGGAGGCGACUUCCCCUUGUCCUCCAGCAAUAUCUGCCCUGAUCGCAGAGUCAGGAUCGUCUCAGUCCUUAGCUGUUGCUGAAACUCUUGGACCAUUUCAAGUGCCAAUAGUGAGUUACUUCUCAACAUGCGCCUGUCUCAGUAACAGAGCUAAAUACCCGACUUUCUUUCGAACAAUCCCCAGCGACUACUUCCAGGCAAAGGCCUUGGCAGCUCUGGUCAAGCAUUUCGGCUGGGAGUGGAUCGGAGCCAUACAGUCAGACAACGACUACGGACGAAACGGGGUCCUGGCGUUCGCCGAAGAGGUUAAGAAACUAAAGAUCUGCAUCGCUUUCAUCGGUACGGUUCUUCGAACCUAUCCUCCAGAUAAAAUUCUGAAAGUUGUAGAAAUGAUCAAACAAUCAACCGUCAAAGUCAUCCUGGCUUUUGUUCCUGAGGGUGACUUUUACCCUCUGAUGAAGGAGAUAGUGAAGCAGAACCUCACAGGAAUUCAGUGGAUCGCCAGUGAAGCGUGGAUAACAGCGGCACGGCCCUCCACGCCUGAAAUGUACCAAGCUUUCGGAGGAGUGUUGGGAUUUGUCGUUCAGAAGAUGGACAUCCCAAACCUAAAUCCAUUUCUUAUGAAUAUUAACCCUUACAGAGAUCCAAUGUAUGAGUAA